GCAGAUGACGUUUCCAUUCGAGGUGUGUCGAUCGGUUCGUCGGUGAUAAUUUGAAAAUAUGUUUAGUGAAUAGACAUGUAGUAUUUUGUGUUUUCAACAAUUAAUGUGAACUAUCUGAUCGUUCAGCAUGGAAAUGUUAACAAUCUUCUAGUAUCACAAUAUGAAAUGAAUUCGGAGUGGACAAACGUUACGUUGACUAUGGAAGGAGAUCCCAACUUAAAAUCGGAUCACGCUGAGAUUCGUUCUUUUGUUCUGUUUAAAAAUUUGACCCAACGGACCGUGGAAAUUUUCUGGGUAAAUUAUUCGUCAAAAUUCAUUCACUACUCGGCGCUCGAACCUUCCGCUCAGGUUCCCGUUAACACGUAUGUCACCCAUCCGUGGGUGUUUAUCGACAAGUCUACCGGUGAGCGAAUGUUGGUGAGAAAUCAAGCUGUUUACUAUCCGGAACCGUGGUACACCAACAUCGACCCCAACGGGAAACUGGCUCGAAUCGAAGUACAGAUACACUAUCCGUUGCGAAAUCUGCGGAAUAUCUGCACCUGGAAAAUUUUCGCAACCCUGACGGAUAAACAACGGUUUACUGAACUAGAACUUCCAAAAGUACUGAUAGAGGAGCUGCGGGAAUGUUAUAAUCUCUUUCUAAUGUCAAAUAAGUUGAUUAAGUGAUCGUAGUGAUAUUAUGUUUUUUUUUGUUUAUACUCGACUUUACUCUGCAUUGUGACGGAUUGUUAUUUCGAACUAAUGUGGCUCGACUGCCAUUUGACGUUUCCGUUGUUACUAUGAAUACAAAUGAUAUUCUGCCGAAAAAGCAUUCCUUCAUGAAGACGAAUAAGGAUAAUUAUUUUACUGUUAAUAAAUAUAAAGUGUGAAUAGAA